GUAGUUCCUAUCAUUCUAUCAGGAAAAUUGAGUGUGCCCACUAGAUGUUCGUCUAAAUGUCACUUUCAGCCACACAUCUGGGUCCUUUCAUGAAAGGCCUGUUCCCAUGACAGGCCGGGCUUUCUCUCACGACUUCGUUGGGGCUCGAUAAGGGAACCGCAAACCCCUCGAAAGAUCCCAUGGCAGCACGCGGCUCCACGUCUACCACCGGCGACUGGUAGCGGCGCCUUCGUUUCAGUCGCAAUCUUAGAAGAACCUGCUCUCUUGCGACGCCCAUUGCUUAAGGUUUUUAAUUUCUUCCGGUUCGGCCGGUGUGUCCUGGUCCGACCUCCGACUACGAUGCGGAGCGAGAAAUCCGGGUGGUCCGGUCUGGUUCGUUGCUUAACGCCUUAAACCCCGUGGUUUACCUUUCUAACUUGAGGAGGACUCGCCAGGCGCGUCUCCUCUCCCUCCGCCCGUCGCCGCCGCCCGCGUAUCUGCCGACCCCCGCGCGUCCUCCAUCCGCCGCUGCCCUUCGCCAGCUCUGGGUUCUGUGGUUGCUCACCAUCCAUUCUUGACCAUCGCUGUUGACAUGAAAACAUUCAUCCGUUGAGUUGCAGAUCUGGAUUUUUGGCUGGGCUUCUGUACCAUGUACCAUUGUAGAAGAUUUUUGCCCAAACUAGCCAAAGGAAUGUAUAUGAUAAAACACCAAGAAUCAACACUGGGGAGAGGCUUUUUAGUGACCUCUUUGUUACAUCACUUGUCAAAAACAACAGAUACACAUUGUAUAAAGGUUGAUUAUGUUCCCAGGUGCUCGAUUGCGUCUGAAACUCAUGAUGGUUCAUUUUCACAAACAGAUAUAUUGAGCUUUGUCAAGUCUGCUUUUCAUAAGCUUGAAGGACCAAAUCAUUAUUGGUUGAAUGACAUUGGUGGCAAUACAAAGUCCAAUCAGGAUGGAAUAUUUUUAGUGCUUGUGUUUUCAAUUACCAAGGACACAGACAUUGUUGGUUACAAUGAACGUGUUACUAUGUUUCAUAGGGUAAAAUUGCUACAGCAGAGGUAUCCAGAACUUAAUGUUCUUGCUUUAUGUUGUGGUUCAAUUGAUUUAGCUUCUAAUCAUGCAUGGAUCACUGAAGCCAUUAUGGAGGAGUAUGUCACCUUUCCUAUCUUGGUAUUAAAGAAGGAUUUUAUGAAGAUAAUGGACCAUGUGGGAUUCUUGCUAUGCAAAGGUUCUACUGAUCAUGUUGUUCAUUUUAAUCUGGACAUAAAUCACAGAUUGAUUGUUAAAGCCAUCGAGGAAUGCAGCCCAUUUAAGAAAGAAACUGCUCUUGCUAUGCAGAAUACCGAUGAUAAAACAAGACAUAUGGAGAUUGUAAAGGAACCUUAUUUUAAUUCUCUUAGGAACUUAAUUCUCUGUUAUCCAGGAUCUGUGUCUGUAGAUGAAGAUGGAAACCACAUAUUCAUAUCUGACAGUAACCAUCAUAGGAUCAUCAUUAGUGAUGGUGCGGGGAAGAUUUUGGAUUGUAUCGGUUGUUCCCCAGGUUUCGAGGAUGGUGAGUUUGAAUCUGCUAAAUUGUUCCGGCCUGCUGGAUCCUUCUAUCAUCCUGAUGAAAAUUGCCUUUUCUUUGUGGACUCUGAGAAUCAUGCCAUUAGAAGAGCUGACAUGAAAAAGAGAGUGUUGGAGACAAUUUACCCCGCUUGUGUUCGGAAAAGUAGCAGUAUUUGGAGCUGGAUCCUAGAUAAACUUGGACUGGAAACUAAAGUUGUUUCACAACCUGGGGAGCUUGAUGUGGACUUGAUUAAAUUUCCAUGGUAUUUGAUGAAGACAAGGGAUAAUGACCUCUUGACGAUAGACCGCAGCUUUGAAACUUUAUGGGUUGUGAGCAUGGAAACUGGAGAAAUUAAGAGGAUUGUAAGAGGAGUCUCCAACAUUAUGGAGAUGUGCGGGGACAUGAUAAUGGAGAAAGUAACUCUACUGAAGGAUAUUUACCAGAAUAUGCCAUCAAAGAGACUUCAUCAUUGUCUUUCGUUUGAGGGAAUCCCUUUUGCUGGUUUGUUUUCAUCAGUAGCAAGUUUCCAAAAUGAUGUUAUCUUGUGUGAUGCAGCUAGUCAAAGAGUCCUCAAAUAUCAUCGAGAAUCCAGGGGCAUUUCAUUUCUACAUUUUUCAAACUUAGGAGUGCUUGGAUUACCAUAUUGGAUGGUUUGUCCUCUUGAAAGAGUUGUUAAUAGUGGAAAUGCAGGGAGCUUUAGUAGUGAGCAACUCCAUCAUUUUGAUGUCCUUCCUGGAAGAUGUGAUAUACAAUUUUCUGUGGAUAUACCUCAUGGUACUGAACUCGUAGCACCAGUGGACAGAAGUUGCAUAUGGUGCCAAGCUAGAGGUUCUGCUGCAGAACUCUCUGGAUUGCAGGGAGCAGUAGCUGGCGCAAAGAAGGUUGGUGUUGCUCAGCAGUGGUUUGAUGAAUUGGAUAACCUUGCCUUUUCGAAAAUGGAGGAUGAACCCUGUUCUGAAGAUGGAGAGGAACUUCCUGAGGAACACUUCCAAGUUAAGGACAAGAUUCAUUUUGAUUGUUCUCUAACCAUAAGUCCUGGGACUGCUGAGGUGGUGGUAUCGGCAGUUGUCUAUCUGAAGCCAAAGAAAACACAAGGUAGUACAGAGGAGUGGAGUUUGCGAGCGACAACGCUUCUGGACUCCAACAAGCAUGAAGUCAGAAAAAUGGAAGAAGAUGCAUCCAUUAGGUUGCUUUCAAAAACCUUUGAAGAUGUAGAAGAUAUGAUCUUCAUGAAGCCUCUGCAUAUCAGACUAAGAUUCGAGUGCGCUGACCACCCAGCUGGCGAAACCACUAAAGAGACCAUUUGCACAGACUCCACAAUAAAGGUCCCUAUAUCUUUGAACUAGUUACAUGGUUGUAGUUUUCCAUCCAUUGUGUUCUUCCCUGAUGCAUCUCUUUCUUUCUCUAACAAAGAGGUUUAAAAUCUUUAGUCAGCCGCGUCUCCUCUUCCUGUUUUCCUUUGUGCUUUCCAAAUAAACUAGGGGGAUAAGCAGCUUAGUUGUAACUUACAGUGAUGUUUAUGUUUUGAAACACACAUUAUAUCAUUAGUGUUUUUGGUAACUCUGGGUUUAUAUAUUGAACAUGCAAUUUGUGAUUUGUCUUGU